AUGAACACUUAUCCUUCUCAAAUACUUUCAUCUAUCUAUCCAUAUCCAGUCAUUCGUCAAUAUCCUCUACAAUCUAACUAUUAUUCUUAUACUGAAUAUCCAUCAUCUUCAUUGUUAUCACCAAUGCCAUAUAUUUCGCCUGUACGUGAUCAAUAUUCUUCAUCAUUAAAAUAUUAUAAUGAUGAUGAUGAUGAUGCUUAUUUUUCUGAGUAUCAUAAUAGACACCGAUAUUCGCGUCAUUCUGAUCAGUGGCAAUAUUCUGAUAAUCAAAAAUCAAAUAGAGCGCGUAAUUUUUCAAGUCAAUCAAAACAACAAAAAUCAUCAAUAUUAAAUGAAAAUCUAUUUUCGUCAUUAAUUAGUCAUCAAGAAUAUGUUGAUUCUCAAGCAAAAACUAGUAUGAGUGAAAGUGAAAAUCGUGAAAAUGGUGUUCUUAAACGUGAUAUUAAGCGAACCACAAAUAAUUUUUAUAAACCAUUAAACGCAAUAGAAUUUUUAGCUAAAACACAAGCAGAAAUUCGACAAGAAUUUCGUAAAUUACCAAAUCCACCAGCUAAAGAUACACAUACAGCAAAAGAAGAACGAAAUCUUGAUAAAUCUCGUUAUCGAGAUGUUUUACCAGGUGAAUCAACUCGUGUUAAACUUCAACCUGAUGAUGAUGAAAAAAAUGAUUUUAUUAAUGCUAAUUAUGUUAGUGGACAUAAUGAUCAAGAAAAAGCUUAUAUUUUUACUCAAGGACCACUUCAAACGACAGUUAAAGAUUUUUGGCGUAUGAUCUGGCAAGAAAAUAUAACAAUUAUUGUUAUGACAACAAAUAUUCGUGAAUCAGGUACAAUGAAAUGUUAUCCAUAUUGGCCAGCACAAUCAAAAGAUGUUAUGAAUGCUGGUCUAUAUCAAAUACACAAUGAAAAAUCCGAAAAAUUUGAAAGUUUUAUUAUAACAACAUUAUUAUUAAGAAAAAAAAAUCAUGCCGAAACUCGUAUUAUUUAUCAUGCACAUUAUCUUAAAUGGCCUGAUCAUGGUAUACCAUCAAAUACAAAAGAUGCUUUAUUAUUUCUUGAUAAAGUUGAAUAUUAUCGACAAAUAACAUCAACUAAAGGACCAAUACUUCUUCAUUGUUCAGCUGGUAUUGGACGUACAGGAACAUUUUGUGCUAUUGAUAUUGGAAUAAAAAGAUAUUUGGAAAAGAAUAUUAUUGAUAUACCAUCAACAGUACAUAAAAUGAGAACAGAACGUGCUGGUAGUGUACAAACAGAAGAUCAAUAUCUAUUUGCUUAUUUAGCUUUAAUGGAUUAUAUAAAACAACAAUUAGCAUUACAAGAAAGAAUUAAUGAACCAAUUAAAUCAUCUGAAACAGAUUUGAUUGAUAAAACCAAUGAAGCAAAAAUAAAAGAUGAUAAUGGUUCAAAUAAAAUAGAUGAUCAUAAACGUAAAACAUCACGUUCAAAAUCAAAUAGAAAAAAAUCUAAUGAUCGUGAACAAAUAAAUACUUUCCCGACAAUUAGUUCUGGUAAACUUACAAAUUUACUUGAACCUAUGUCGUAUCGAGGAAAAGCUCUAAGUGAUUCAUCUGUCUCAACUAUUCAAUAUUUAAUACCGUCUACAACAAUUACUCACAGUGAACCAACUCGACAACGAUCUGUAACAGAACAUAUCUCAUCGGCGCCAGUUACGAGUAGCAAUGUACAUCAUAAGAAAGCUCGUAAAUAG